UAGCAAGCGCGCCAUCGAAGGUAAAAAUGAGCCAGGACCAGCCGCGGAGGCCGGAGCAGGGCCAAGCCGGCCGCGAGCCCAUCAAGUACGGCGACGUCUUCCCCGUCUCCGGCGACCUCGCCUCGAAGCCCGUCGCGCCGCAGGAUGCGGCGAUGAUGCAGACCGCCGAGACCGUGGUCUUUGGCCAGACCCAGAAGGGCGGCCCUGCCGCCGUAAUGCAGUCCGCUGCCACCAGGAACGCACGGGCCGGUCUGGUUGGCCACCGCGACGCGACGGAUGUCGCCGCAGACCAGGGCGUCACCGUCACGGAGGCCAACGUCCCCGGCCAGCGAAUAGUCACUGAAUCGGUGGCGGGACAGGUUGUUGGGCAAUACGUCGAACCCAAGCCGGUGCAGCACGUGGCACCGGCAGCCGUGGUGGAGCAGGGCACGCUCACCAUCGGCGAGGCCCUCGAAGCGGCAGCCCAGACGGUGGGAGACAAGCCGGUGGAUCAGGGCGAUGCGGCGGCGAUUCAGGCAGCGGAGGUUAGGGCGACUGGCAGCAAUGUCAUAAGUCCCGGGGGCCUAGCCGCUUCCGCUCAGUCCACGGCGGCUCACAACGAGCGGGUCGACAGGGAUGAGGACAAGAUCAAAUUGGGUGCCGUCUUGACGGGUGCGACGGACAAGCUGCCGGCCGACAAGGUGGCGACGAGGCAAGAUGCCGAAGGGGUGGCGAGUGCGGAGCUGAGGAACAACCCGACCUGGUGACUCAGCCGGGUGGCGUGGCGGCCUCGGUCGCCGCCGCCGCCCGACUCAACGAAGCUGUCAACCUUUGAGACUAAGGGUUCGGAGAGGAAGCUUUGCGACUUUUGACGAAAUGGGUUCGUGCGUUUUGUUUUCUUUUGGUGUUUUUCCUUCGUUCUUUGGGAAGUGAAGCGGCUCGAUGUAGAUGUCGGAUGCAACAUCUAUCCGCCUGGGAUGGUGUUUUUUUGGGGGAACUUUUUGCUUCCUCUGUUAUCUUUGUUUCAAUUGCAGUCUUUGUAUUCAAUCUGCAAGCGUUCGUUCA